AUCUAGCUUCUUUGGUUCUGACAUAUUUUCCGGACUAAUGGUGUUGGAUGGUUGAAGUUAUCGAUAGACGCAUCCGAAGAUUAUGUUUUUCUGAAAACUCAGGUCGAUCCUUCAGGGACACAGUCGAUGGCCUCGUUGUAAACAAAAAAAAUGUGUCAUGGUCAUGUCAUUUUCCUUCUGGUCUUUCGUUUUUGCUGGCUCCAGGCAAGACACGUGACAGCAGGGCUACCCCCACCACAGAAUGUACACUUCAUUACCUUGAACACCCAUUACACGCUGAAGUGGGAUUGGGACGAGAGUAUUUCAAACGGUCAAGCUGUUUCUUUCUCUGCACAAUGUAUCGGAAAGUUUAAGCUGGAAUCCAAGAAAAGGCACAGUUGGACCACAGCCUGUCAUAACACCGCUAACAAGUCGUGUGACCUUUCUGGAUGUGGCAUUCAUUAUCUGGGUGUCUACAUGCUCCGUGUUCGUGCCAACGCAAAUGUCAAUUACUCUGACUGGGUGCUGAAAGAGUUUUGUCCUGAUAAGCAUGCUGCAAUUGGUCCGCCAUCAAAAGUGGACGUGGAUUCUGAUGGAAGCAGCGUCUGUGUUUACAUCUCUGAUCCUCUGACCAGUUCAAACGGCUCCAUGAAGGAUGAAAUUCCCAAGUUGUACUACAACAUCUUGUACUGGGAGUGUAAUGUAGACAAACAGGUAUUAAAACCCCAUGUUUUGAACAGCAGUGUUUCUAUGGUGACUCUGCCAAACUUGAAAUCUUGGACACGGUACUGUGUGAGGGUCCAGUCACGUUAUGAUCUCUACAAUAAGAGCAGCGAAUUUACCUUACCCCACUGCAUUCAGACUGAAGGCACUAUCCCAUGGUGGCAGACUUUUCUGUACUCCCUGGGCUCCUUGGUGAUGGUUUUUGUGGUUGUGCUGCCCUUCUUCUAUAUUUUAUUGAAGAUCUUCAAUACCUUGAAGGCAGCUUUCUACCCCAUGAUCCAGUUUCCACCAUUCUUUCAAGAGUAUCUUCAUGACUCCUUUGGAUCUGAUACUCCUUGCCUACUAUCCCUGGGCUCAGAAGAGGAGCUAUGUUGUGAUAAAGUAACAAUAUAUGCAAAGCCCCUGGAAUUUCACUGCCUUUCCUCAGAGGGUACGACUGUGCUCACCUCAGGCCUGGAACCAGAUAGCAGUGGUCGGUGUAGUCAUCAGGACAAAAGAAGAAGCAAAGACUCUGGAGUUUAUGCCACAGAAAGCAGCUGCAGCCAGCAGCAGCCCAACAGAAGUCAAACCUCAACAGGGGCCAAAAUAAAGUCCCCCAUCCAGCCAGUAACCAACCCCCCCCCAAUGCAGGAAGAACCAGAGUUUCCUAGCCACCCAGAUUUACCACCCGUAGCCGGUGGCCAGGUGCCCCGCAAUCCUCCCCCAGGCAGCAGCCGGCCGCCAGGCGUAGCACACAAGCCACACCCGCAACCGUGUCGGACAAGCCCACGGGCCGCUUGUACCCUUCCAGUCCUACUAGGUGGCACAACACAAGUGCCAGGCAACAGUCACUAACACCCCCCAAGCUCCAAGUCACCCACUCCUCUCAGGUGUGACUUGUGUGUAGGAAUGUACCGUACAUUCCGAUGUAUAAGCCGCUACUUUUUUCUCGAACUUUGAACCCUGCGGCUUAUCCUGCGGUGUGGCUAAUAUGUGGUCGUGUACUAAUCUUGUGACAUCUCGUGUACUUCAGAACAACUACUAAUCGUUUAAAUAUGUAUUUUGGAAAGUGCUAUUACUGAGGUAGUCCAUCAUAAAGGCAAAAAAGUUCAGGAAAUAACCAAAAAAAAAAAACACGCAAGAAGUACAAUUUAUGCUAAAAUCAAAUGUAAAACAUUGUUGGAUUUGGAUUACUCCAUAAACACCAUAAAUACACCGCCAAGAUUGCAAAACCUGUUAUGUUGAAUAAAAAACAAAAAAAGAGGGGACGUAUUGGAAUUUAUGCAGCGAUUGCGUUGUUGACACAUACCUGCAUCCGCCGGGGGCUCCACGCACUAUGAUGACUCAAAGGCGGCCACUAAGGUACCACUCUACCGUGGUUCUUAUGAAGUCCAGACUUACGCAAUGUACAUAGCGCCACAGGCGUACACGUCAUAUCCGCUCACGUAUGCUAUACAUCAGUAAAUACAGAUACAAUAAACCAUAUAAAACAAAACAUAAAAUGCUGUGUUGUUCUCUUGGAGAUGAUUCAAUUUGCUAGUUAUCCAUUUACUAACUGACUGCUGAAAAAUAGACAGCCGGAUGUAGACGCGGGCUUUUUCUUCUUUUUGUUCAUGGCGGGUCGCAACCAACGUUUAGGUGCAUACCCCGCCACCUACUGUACCGGAAAGUAGACACAUUCUGCACAGUGACGACCCGGUAGUCACACUCUUCCAUCGUGGAAAACACGGAACGACACACACAUGAUGCCGCUUUCAAGUUAAAGGCGAUCGAUUUGUCUGUCCGAGUAGGAAACAGGGCUGCUUCGCGUAAGCUCAGCAUGCUUGAAGACUGGAUAAAUACACAGAGAGCAGACGGCUGAGGUCUUUCCACUGUCCAGAUCUGAAUAAAAGCCACCGAAAUUGCCACCAAAAAGAAGAAUGAAGAUUUUCUAGGUGGACCAUCGUGGUGUCUCCGAUUUUAUGAGACGAAAAGAACUGUCCAUCAGGGCACAGAUAUACACUGAAACAAAGAUAGCCGAGAAUUCCAUGGGAUCAGAUGACAAUAUAAAUAUGGAUGAGGUACCUUUGACGUUUGUUUUGCACUGUUUAAAUAGCCGUAUUGCACCACUGCAUGCACUGUUUGGGAAAAAACAUUUUAUUAAAAGUUUUAA